UCAGUGUUUACAGAGCCAUUAUGCUGUCUACUCUUUUAUAUGGAUCCGAAUCAUGGGUCAUCUACCGCCACCACCUGCGACUCCUCGAACGCUUCCAUCAGCGCUGCCUCCGUACAAUCCCAAACAUCCACUGGUCAGGUUAUGUGACUAAUACGUCUGUUCUAGAACAGGCAGCAGUUACGAGUAUUGAGGCCAUGUUGCUGAGAACACAGCUGUGCUGGGCAGGGCACGUCUCCAGGAUGAAGGACCAACCACCGCCUCCCUAAGAUCGUGCUCUAUGGUGAACUUGCCACCGGCUGCCGCAAGAGAGGAGCCCUGAAGAGGAGAUACAAGGACUCCCUGAAGCAACAUCUCAACCUUGGCCACAUUGAUCUUCAUCGCUGGUCUACCCUGGCCUCCAAUCGGGAGGUCUGGAGACACACCAUCUGUAACGCCGCUGCUUCCUUUGAGAACGCACUCAGGAUCACUGUUGAAAAGACAAUGCGGAAAGAAUCGUAUCCUGCCGGUACCAUCGAAAGAGCCUUUCUGCUGUGCCUUUUGCAACCGAUCUUGUCUAUCUCGCAUUGGCCUCUUUAGCCACCAGCAUGCUUGUAGCAAAUGUGGGUAGACCCCUUCCCAAAUCUUCAUUCGCAAAGCCUAGCCAUGAUAUCACAACAAACAAGGCAAAAGUUGAAAGAGCUGUCACCUUAUUGGGGACCCUGCACUGGGUCCAAGUAGGAAGGCUCCAUGUGUCCUGCAAACACCCCUUUGCUCUCUAGAGUUACCCACUGACAAGGUAUCCAGCCCUUACAGACCCCAAUGUACCUCCAGCAGUCAGCCAUGACCCAGCAUCACUAGCCCUGUGUUUAAAAAGAGGGAAACAAAAACCCCUCCCUCUCCCAAACUGGCUUAAUUAGAAAAUUAGCCUGUUAAUUAACUACCAGAACUAUAAAACCGCUAUAAGUAAUACUGGUAAAAAAGGCUCAAGCCUUUUAAGGGAUCUCUGUAGAAGCUGAAGGUAAGUAGUGUUUUUUUAGUCUAUCCUCUUAUUGUCUCCUUUAUUUCUUACAUACUAAUUUGUUGAAAUCAUCUUUAAGGAAAAAGUUUUUUUAGUCUCUUAAAGAAGACUUUCCUUCUAGACCGACGAUACAGUUCCAUUUUACAGUAAAUUCAGGAGCUUUUUAGCUCUGUUUUUAAUGUUUUCAGUAUAAAAAUGGUUUCAGACCAUAGUAAGUGCCUUCUCCUUCCCUGACCUGCCCUGUUCCCUCUGGGGGUGGCUGGAAGUCAACUGCUGGCUGAGCUGGUGGUGAGGGUUACUGCAUGUGGGACUAAAGACAAGAUGAGAGGUGCUCCUCAACUUCUUCAAUCCUAACCAGAGCCUGGCUUUAGUGCCUCCCUCUCCAAGAGGCUCAAAUCUAGUGGUUUAAUGGCUCACUGACUUAAGGAAUGAGGAUAAAAUAUCUUAUUUCUCAGGAAAACCAGAUCCAUCUUAGUACAGCUAACAGACGGAGAGGUUUCCUGAGUCCCUCUAUGCCCUACACAAAGCUAAGAGUGAUAGACAGGCUGAGGCCAAAUGAACACAACUCUAAGGAGGCUUCACGGUGACCUCUGGGCAACAAACAGGCUAUGGUGCAACUGUUUUGCUCUAGAAGACAGUGACAGGCUGGAUGCUCUCCUACCUGUCCUGGAUCCCACACAGCUCCUUGCAAGACUGAGACAGGAUUUUGUCGAGAGCUGUCUCGCUACUCUAAGUCUGCAAUUCACUAGUGAACAAUAUUGAACAGUAACAUGUUUGUUCUGAUAGGAAAACCUGGUCUCCAUAAACCUGGCAGUGGUGGGAUUCUGCACCAUGCUGUCCACACAGAGGCAUGGUUCCAGCAUCUUGACCAUAAAGGAAAUCCUAGAAAAUGGCUUUGUGGCCAGGGCCUUCAGCCAUACCCAUUCUUCUCCUGUCCAGAAUUAUUGCAUGGACUCUAGCAGUGCCUCUAAAUCAGACACCUGGGAGCUUCUCAUGGACUUGGACAGCACAGCAAAAAGCAGUUCUCUCUGUGUUGUCAAGCAGUCAGAGUCUCUGAGCAGCUGUGUGAAGACUGACCUUCACAGCCUGACUCAAGGCAUCUCUGACCUUAGUCUUGUCUGCCUCUGCAAGGCCCACCAGGGCCAGGCCACCUUGGAGCUGUCUGGUUUGCCUUGUGAAGACUCCAGCAGACCUGGCUGCCUCAUGGACAUAGCAUCGCAGAACACCUCAACACCUCACAAGAAAGACAAGCACCCCAAACCACUAGAGAGUCUGCUCUACAGGAGCUCCGAGCUCCUCAGAGACCUCUCUGUCCUUGGGAAUGUGCCAGCACCCAGGUGGGAGAUCUCAUCAAUAAAAUCCCCUCUGGACAUCAGCCUGUCCCUUGAUGUGAGCACUGAGGAGUUAAGGUUACUGGGAUGCUCCAAACUGGACACGCCACCCCUGGAUGUCAGACAUCUGUAGUGAUUCCCCUGGCCUGGCCUGGUGCCUUCAAGAAGCAACUCUGUGCUGAUGCGCAGGUCUGCCGCCCCCGAGACCCUGCUGAGCGAUCCUGACCUUGUCCCUGUGUUUCUGCACCAGGCUUAGUGAUGCUGCUGCCCUGGCUCUGUGCCUGGAGCACGGUGGACCGCGGGGUGCCUGCAGAGGGGCACGGAUCCACACUGCAGCACAGGAGACGGAGCCCUCCUGCCCUGUCCAGAGCCAGCGGCUCUUGUGCUGAUGGCAGCACCUGGUGAAAGGUUAAAUCUGCCCACCUGGGGUGAGGGGCUUUGAGGCACUGCUGUUGAGAGACGCUUGGGUGGUUGAUGGCAGCAGCGCCGCUGGCUCCCCGUCCUCCCGGAUCCCUGUCUUUUGUACUAACGCAAUAAAGAUACA